AUGCCUCGGAAUCCAAACUUUUUUUUACAAGUUUUCGAGACGACAUACAAUUUAUUCAGUGCAGAAUGGGCAGCACUGGGGGAGGAAGCUACAAAGCUACAUUAUGAGUAUGGCUGCGCACGAGCAAAGUUAGAACACGAAGACUUUAGGGUACAACAAAACGCAAAUAUACAACUCCAGGAAUUACAGAACCAAAUGGCACAGAUUUAUCAGGAGGCCUUCCUCGCGAAAAUGCAACAGGCCCAGACGCAGAAGCAAUUGGAAAAAACGCAAGUGCAACUGGCAAACGCACAGGCACAAUUGGCGGCAUCCCGCGCGCAACUUAACCAAACGCUGGAUGAAUUGCGGCGGAUGCGCAAUCAGCAUACAGCGACGCAGUCUCAACUAGAGGAAGCGCUCGAAAAAUUAAACGAAGGAGAACAACAGAGCGUUCCUGAUGCAAGUUGGACAACCGAACAAAAGGUUCCCCCACAAAAAAAGGGAGAAAUUUAUCAAGCUGGACAUGGAAGCCGGAACCGGCUUUACCGCAUACUGGGGUACGCCCGAAGUUGGGUUUUCGGGGAAUACAGGAAUUACGGCAACCAAUUUGGACCAAAGCAAUGGACCAGCAGAGAAGAACCACACAUUUGA